AUGGAUGCAGUAAUGCUUUUGGCGCUGACCGCGUUCAUCUGCAUCGAGACCAUCAUGGAAUGCUCCCCUUGCGAGGGCCUUUAUUUCUUUGAGUUUGUGAGCUGCAGUGCACUGGUGGUUACUGGAGCUCUCCUGCUUCUGUUCAGUCUGAACCUUCACACAAGAAUACCCCAGAUCAACUGGAAUCUUACUGAUCUGGUCAACACUGGACUCAGCACUUUCUUCUUUUUCAUUGCCUCUGUAGUACUGGCUGCUUUAAACCAUAAAACUGGAGCAGAAAUUGCUGCUGUGGUGUUCGGUUUCCUGGCCACGGCAGUGUAUGCUGCCAACACCUUUGUGGCCUGGCGGGUGAGCAGCAGGCAGCAGAGCAGCCGGCAGAGCAGCGACUACAUCCGCGCCCGGACGGAGUCCAGGGAGGUGGUGCAGCGGCCCGAGAUCCAGCGCCUGGACGCGUGACAGCACCCCCAGGGGCGCUCAAAGGGAACAGCACUCGGCUCCCUCAUGGAAUAAGGGUUUUGGCUUUACUGGAGGAGGAAAAGGUGGAUCCGAGGGUGGGGAGGAUGCCCAGCCCUGCCCGCGUGCAGAGAUGCGUUGAGCCAGAAGCUGCUGUCAUGGAGGCACAAAGUGUUGGCCCUUCAGAAGGAAGAUCCCCUCAAGACCUCCACACAGACAUGUGCAUAUAUUAUAUAGCUCCUAGAAUAUAUAAUAUAUGUCCGCUCUGCGGUAUGUCAUUGUUUUGGAUUAACUGCACAGCAGUUUCCUUCCCUCUCUGAAGAUCCGCUGUUCCUUCAGCUGCCCGGGGACAGAGCAGCCCUGCCCUGGCUGGGAGGGAGGAGGGACAUCCAGGGGAGCAGAUGGAGCCCCCAGACGUGCCAAGGAGCCAGGGCCAUUCAGCAAUAACUCAGCCAGCGGGGCCUGUCCCUCCCAAACUGUCUGUGCGUCCUGCUCCCUUUGCCCUGAGCCUCUGCACAGCUGCUGGGGAGCCCUGCCUCGUGUCCUGGCUGCAGCUGCUGCCAAAGGGCCACGGCCACUCCGGACUGGGCUGGGCUGGGCUGCUCACUGCUGGCCAUGGGAUGCACUCAGUGGCAGUAGGAGAUUGUCUGCUCCUGUUGGGACACAUUCCAGUUCUCAUUCCAAAGUGGGAAAUAAAUAUGUUUAGCAGAUGGGGUGGAGAAAAGGGGCUUGAAGGGCACGGUAGAGAAUGAAGGGGUUGUCAUCCUAUAGAUUUACAUU